UCGGGGCUCUGUUUAAGCCAUUGCUGCCUCUGACUCACAUGCAGGAGAAAGAUCUGCCUAUGAUGUUAAACAGUGUGGAGCCUCCCAAUGGGAUGGGAUUUCAGUCCAAAUCCCAUGCCAAGUCCCAGCCACAGACCAGACCUAGCUCCAACUCCCUGAACAACGGAGGCACGCUGCCGGCUCACGACCAAAUCAAGGCUUCUGCUUCCUGGGUGAUGGACAAACCCAAGGAAGCUCCAAAAGGUAAAACUAAGAAAAUCUCGUCCAGAGGCCCCUCAGAGGACACGCCAGACAAUGACGCCAAUACGGAGUCUGUAGAGAUGAGGAAGAUGGAGACCAGUGCCAGCAGUACAAUCCCAGUCCCUGUUUCAGGUCUGGAGAAUCAGGGCAGAGCUGCUUCAAUGCCUCGACUCAAUGCUGAGCUGCAGCGGAGCCACUCACGCCACUCUCCAGGGACCAUUCUAGCUUCUGUCCCUGAUGCCAGCCCCAUGAAGCGCUCAGCCUCCACCGUAGCCCCACAGCGUCCCCAAGAGGUCAACCUGAGGGACUACACCCUGGAGAAACCCAGCCAGGACCGACCCCACCACCAUCACCACCACCACCGCUGCCACCACCGCAGAGACAAAGACAGAGACAGAGAACGAGACAGAGAGAAGAGGCAGAGGUCUCUGGAUACACCUCCUGGUGGCCAAGCACCCGGCGCUGCUGGAGCUGCAGGGGAGCCAGCGUCUGACCCGGCUGCCUCCAGAGAGCGCGCACAUGACCGGGGACGCUCCCACGAGAGGAAACAUCACCCCUCCUCUGCGGAUAAACAACGCUACUACUCCUGUGACCGCUACUGCAGCCGGGAACACUGCCACACCAAAUCAGCCACCGCCAGCUGUGCCGUCUCCCCCAGCGAGGGGCAGGAACCCAGCAACAAGCAGUGGUUGGGUUAGAGGCAGCCCAGUGGCUCUGAGCUCCAGUUCUAGCACGCCAAGCCGCGGACGCCGGCAGCUCCCCCAGACCCCCCUCACCCCGCGGCCCGGGGUGGCCUACAAGACUGCCA